AUGGGUCGACUACCUGCAGACCUUAAGCACUUAAUCGAUCACAAUUCGUUAAAUGAACUAAGCAUUUUAUGGAAGACAACGCGCGGAACACGACUUCGAUCGUUUAUGAAACUCUCGAAACUGAGAAACAACAAACACAUGUGUAUGGAACGUGAAGUUUGGAGCCCAAGAGAGAGAAAUAACGAGAUUUAUUUCAGAGUUCAACAACCUUUUUUCAUAAUUAGGUAG